AUGGGAGCAUCAGAGAGCAAGCAAGGGAUCUCAGGCACUGCCGCCGCCUCCGAGGGAUCCUCGAAGGCUAAACUCACUUUCCCCCAAAACACCCAACCACUCCAAGUAACGACCAUCUACACCCUCCGGGACGCCUAUUUCGGGAAAAGACUCGUCUCAGCCUUUACAUACGAUCCAUCGCAACUGGAGCUCGAUAACAAGCAAGAGUUCUUGCCCAAAGCCAUCAAAGUAAAGUUCCCUUAUGCCAUUUGGACACCGAAACUCAAGACGAUCCGACAUCCGUCAGUGCUUAGGUUCAUUGACUGCAAGGCGAGCUCAGCUGGAUUCCAUCUUAUCACGGAACGAGUUGUCCCCCUGACGGUGGAGUAUCUGGAGGAGAUCAGCGAGGACGAGAUCCUUGUGGGCCUUUACGACAUCAUGGUUGCAUUGCACUUUUUGCACUCCCAAUGCCACAUCUCCCAUAACAACGUCAAAAUGGGUUCCAUCUUUGUCUCAAACGGCCGAUGGGUGCUCGGUGGCAUGGAAUUUACAGGAACUGUUGCAGAGUCCAAGGAGACCGGUCUGACUUCUGUCUUGUCGCAGGAACUCGUGCCUCCAGAGCAUCAGGGCAAACCCACCAAGACAACGCAGGAAGUACAACUUCCGCACGCAGUGGAUGUCUGGCAAUACGGCAAGUUUGUCGAGAAAUUGGUUCAGGAUGGAUUGCUGCACUUCGGAACGACCGCUCUUCCUUUGAACGCGAUGCUGCAAGCUGAUCCCAUGAAACGGCCCUCAGGAGAUGCCAUCUUGGAGUCUGACCUUUUCCUCCGCAACAAUACCGUGUCUGUUGUUCGCUAUUGUCGACUCAAGGGCCUGGACAAGCUGCAAAACGCAGAGUGGAGCCAGUAUGUUUUCCAUGCGACGUUUGGAGUCACCUAA